AUGAGGUGGUUCCUGACGUUGCCGGCCUCUCUGUUGCUCAGCAUCGCGCUGCAAACCCAAGUUUCGUUAGCCAUCGAUAACGACUUCUCGGCAUACCCCGAGGACUCGCAGCAAUGCCUAAACGACGCGGCCGACCGGAGCAAAUGCACGGGCAACACAGGCAACGAAAUGAAUAGGUGCCUGUGUUCCAACAAGGGAAACUUCAUCUAUAAUACCGCUGAGUGUGUCGCCAAACAGAGCCCCGGCGAUCUCAAUGCCGUCUACGAUACCAUGGAGUUCAACUGCGCCGGUACGGGUGUCACCAUUGCCGUCUCCAAGCAGGCCUUCCUCUCACAAGCCGCCGCCGCCACCGCAACGACGUCUUCCGCUACACCGACUUCUACCUCGCCAACUUCCACAUCAGAUUCUCCCACGGCAUCACCCACAACAUCCGACUCCCCCUCCGGAACCAGCACCCUCUCCUCAGGCGCCAAGAUCGGAUUGGGCGUAGGCAUUGGCUUCGGCAGCGUAGCGCUCGGUCUACUAGGUUGGUUCGUAUUUGCGUACUCGCGCCGCCGGCGGGCACACCCGCCCACCGACCCGAACUCGCCGCACCAGCACGACGUGGAGCUCUCGCCUAACGCAGCCUACACCAUGCACAACGGCAGCAGCGUGUACCAGCCGUCUCCAUUAACACCAUCGCCUGAGUACGCGCAGCACAAUGCGCAAUUCGGCGGCGUCGCGGAAUUAAGUCCCGCGACUGUGCAUAGCGGGUGGAAGGAAUUGCCCGCGGAUUACUACGGCGGCGGUGAUAAGAAAGACGGUAGUGGAGGAGGUGGUGGUGGUAAGAGUAACGGGGGAUACAAUUACAAGCGCUCGUCCGGCGUGCCACUUCUCGCAGAAUUAGACGAUGGACGCGCGAACUCGCCGGCGCCGGUCGAAUUGCCGGGAAGCGAAGUAUUCAACGAUACUAGCAGCAUGCAUACGCCGACGCAUAGUGCCCAGAGUCCGGAGAGCGGAUAUCGGGAUCAGGGGUUAGGGAACGGGAAUGGAGCAGGAUGA